AUGACAUUACCGGUAAUAAGAAAGAAGGACGACAUAAGUGAUGACUCGCAUGACAAUGAAGAAUACGGUCAGUAUAAUGGAGUUCCAAAUGAGACUCUCAUCGCUCACUUCAAACUGAGACAUUACUAUCGACUGGUAGUCUUCUUCAGUAUUGGAGCCGAACUGUCCGCUCAGGUUAUCCAAAAGGCACCGGUAUCAGAAUUGGGGGCCAAUAUUUGCGUCAAGUAG